GUUUCUCACCGACCAUCUAUUUAACCUAUACUGUAGUUUUUGAACAAAUUGCCGAAAGGACGAGCGCCGAAUCAAGAUGGCGCCUAACUCCAGAUAUAACAGAACCGUGCUCCGUCGAGCUCACAGCUCUCUGUGCGGUCAGGAGCAUCACUGUGGGGCAAAAGCUGCCGAAACAUAGGACAGCCGACAGGCGAACGGAUACCAGCGGCAUUUCCAAUAUUCAUUGUGGCAAGCACAGCCCCGUGAAGGGCUCGAAGACGGCCGCUAGUUUAAACGGCAGUAGUUUAUGGAGAACGGUGAUGAUGGUGUUGUUAAUGAACCGAGUGAGUAGCACAUUGCAAGCAAAACGCGAAAAUAACCCUUUCUCUGCAUUGUGGAAUAGAUGUGUAAUCUAGCGAAAACUUGGAGUUAAAAGUCGCUUGUUCCACUAUGAGAAGUAGUGGUUUUUCGAUGUUAUCAUUGCAGUGAGUGUCUCUGUGAGAUGUUAGUGCUUUUUUCGGUCGUCCUGCAGUCAUUUGUAGACGGGUGUCCUAGUGUAUGAUUGUGUUUUCCAGCUUAUAUUCAUUUGUGAAUCUCUGGAUACAGUAACUACGGAACAGCAAUCUACGAGCAGAGGUUUCAAAGUGUAGAAGAAAACUACUUUUCAUGGUGAAGAUUCAGUAGCAUUGGUUUUAUACCAUAGUGGUCUCCUCGAGUUAAUCAAUCACCAUUUAAAUGCAGUAUAGCUAUAUAUGAAAAUCGGUGUAAGGCUAUCAGAGCCUGGCUACCGUUUUUCCUUUUCCACGGCGGGCAGGAAAGCUUUCACUACGAACCAUCAGAGACCAGCGGAAAAUGAGGCGGCGAUGAGGUGUAUAACGUACGGGGGAUGCCCUCGGGGCCCGUAGCGGCCCUUAUCGGGGACGCACUUACCCUGUUUUCUCUUCACUUGCCAAGCUUAACGCACAGAAGUUACGAGAUUUUCUGUGCUUACAUUGAAGUACACGUUGCUGGCGGUAAGCGGUCGGCAGAACCCAGGCUGCUGGCCUUCGCGCCCGGUUCAUUUUAGCUCGACGAAGCUGCCAGUCCUCUGUCCGAUAUCGGCUGGGGUAGCCGGCAUGGACGCAGGCAAGAUAGCCGGACUCUACGACCUGGGGGAAACGUUGGGCAGAGGUCACUAUGCCGUUGUAAAGCAGGCGCGACACGUAUUCACCGGCGAACAGGUCGCCGUUAAGGUCAUCGACAAAACGAAACUCGACCAAGUAUCCAGAGCGCACCUAUUUCAGGAAGUUAGAUGUAUGAAGUUAGUUCAACACCCGCACGUUGUCCGCCUUUACGAGGUAAUCGACACACAGACGAAGCUCUACCUUAUUCUUGAAUUCGGUGAUGGAGGAGAUAUGUACGAUCAUAUUAUGCGGCAUGACAAUGGUCUUUCUGAAGAACACGCGCGUCGCUAUUUCGGCCAGAUUCUGUCAGCUAUCAUAUAUUGCCACAAGCUUCACGUAGUUCACCGGGACCUUAAGCCCGAAAACGUCGUUUUCUUCGAUAAGCUGGGUGUCGUUAAGUUGACCGAUUUCGGUUUCAGCAACAAGUUCUUGCCUGGAGAGAAACUAGAAACCAGUUGCGGAUCGCUAGCCUAUUCCGCUCCUGAGAUUCUGUUGGGAGACUCUUACGAUGCGCCGAAAGUCGACAUCUGGAGUUUGGGAGUAUUACUGUAUAUGUUAGUUGUUGGACGAGCGCCAUUUCAGGAAGCCAAUGAUAGUGAAACGCUUACAAUGAUUAUGGAUUGCAAAUACCACGUUCCCGGACACGUUUCUCAUCAAUGUAAAGCACUUAUAGGCAAAAUGUUAGUCCGUAGCCCAGAAAAACGAGCGACUCUGGAGCAGAUUGCCACCGACGAGUGGCUACGUGGUCUUGACGUGGCUCAGCUGGAUGCUGGACCCCUCGUAGGUCGUGAGCAGCUCUCCGAAGAUGAACACCAGCUGAUUGUACAUAAGAUGGUCCAGGGAAAUAUCGCCUCAAAGGAGCAGAUUCACGAGGCUCUCGAAGAGAACACAUAUGACCACAUAACAGCAACGUACUUUCUUCUCGCGGAGAGGAAGCUUCGCUCUACUCGAUUGGGCGUCAAGACGCCCACCCGUGGACGCAAGCAAAUACUCGCCCAGCCUCCACGGGUCGCGCCAGGCGCCCAGGCGACAACAGGAGCCACAACAACUACCAGUGCUGAUCCGCAUGUUACAGGCUGUAUGAUCUCACGCAUUGGAGCCGAAAAAGCCGCUGGUCCCGUUACCUUGCCCGACUCGCCUAGAGCGAAGACAAGUAGCGCAGCUACUGUAGCCACCGCAUCAGAGACAGCAAAAUUUCCAAGUGCUUCUACUCAUCUGAACAACAACAAUAACAAGGUUCAUAUCAAGGAUGGCAGCAAUGGCUAUAGAGAUAAUAACACUAGUUGCAGCAAUAACAGUACUGGGCUAGAGGCAGUGGUAGACAACGCUCGACCAGCGUUGAUGCAGUCGACAUUUUGGACCCCGAUGAGUACAGGGUCGUGCGUAGCCGGAAAUACGGCCGUGGACAAUGCACUGAGCAGCACUGGAGGUAAUUCGCUGGAUGCGCUCAUGAUUCCUGCGCGCUUGGCUAGGAAAUGCAGUAUCGUCCGUGAGGGCGAAGAGGACGAAGCCGGCGCUAGUCCUGGCCCCUCGCCAAAGAUCAGUGCUGCAACUAUACCUGUCGCAACGAUUAUAGAAAAAGGGUCGAGCCCAGCUAGCGAAGAAGGUUCAUCACCGUGUCCAGGCCAUCCAUCUGCAGGGGCGUAUAACAGCAGUGUCCGACAAAUGCUCUCGCUGCCGACUGGGGCUGGUGCAACUGGUUCCACCUCCCAGCAGCAGCUGUGCCCCUCUGGAAGUUCUGCCGAAGACGAGUCAAUGGACAGCGACGUUAACCAGCAACUCAGCCCUGCAGGCCAACCUGUGGGGCGUAAGUUGCACGCUGUAAAGUCCAGUCCACAGCUUCUGCAAUCCGCUGCCGCCGCAACAUCCUCACCUGCUGCCGUGACUCCCGGGAACACGGGUUCCUGUACGUCGGCCUCCACGAGCGGUGGCCAGGCCAUAUGUACGGCAGGUGGAGGGUCAGCGACGAUGACAGGUGGCGUUUUGACAGCUGCCACCCAAUUAAAUGCGAGGCCUGGAAGCCUUGUUGCCGGCGGACUCAAUACAGCUUCGAGGCAUCGAAGGCUCAGCUGUUCGAGUUCCGAAAAUGAUGAUGACGACGAUGACCCAACAUUCCGUAGGCUGGAACGAAGUAAACAAGAGGAGGAUACAGAAGCCGAAGGUCGGCGAAGAGAUUCGAUUGCAGCACAAAUUAACCGAGAGAAACGUGCUUCGGCUUUAUCCGUAGCAGCGACGCCUCCUGUGGCCACUCCCGAGACGGAAAUAUUACCAGCAUUAAAUCUCAGUCAUCUCUUACGGCAUGAUUCAGUACAAUUUAUGGAUAAGAGUGACUCGUCCUCUAUACACGGAGGCAACGAAACCCAUCACGAAUCGACGAGCUUACGGGAAAGUCGCAAAGUCAACGAUCAGUCUCCAAUAGAUUACAGAGAUGAGGUCGUCAUUCAGGCCGUCCCGCGCUCACCUGAGCUCACGCAGAGCAAAUCAAUCGACGCAUCGAUGAGUAAAUCAAUUUCAGCUUCAAUCGCUGCCGCCAACAACAACAACAACAACAACAACAAUAACAACAACAACAACAACAACAACAACAACAACAACAACAAUAGUCACCAAAGAGGAAAGAAUCGUACCAAACGACUAGUCGAUGUCAAGCUCGCGUCUAAAUGCUGCAGCAUAUGUUAAUUGGCUAACACUAUAAAAGAAAAACAUCGCGUUAGGCUUACCAUCUACGAAGGAGCCAUAGUUGGAAAGGACUGUGUGAGACAAGUGUAUGAGCUUUUUCAAAAUGUGCAAUCAGGAGAAAGGUGGGGUCGCGGGUGGAUUGGUAAAAUAUAGUGAUAGACAAUAUAGAUUAUUAUUGUUCUUAGUACGAUUAGCGAUUUGCACCAGCAUCCAGGAUGGGUAACAGGCCAAAGGUUCGUAUGAUGCUGCGGUGUAUGGUGGAGAACGGUGACCCAAACGAUUUAUGUAAUAUUAUGUUUAUGUAUCUUGUACGAAGCAAAAUCUAAAUGCUUCCUUAAUUAAUUCAGAGUGGGUCAGUAGGAUGUGAACGCGUUACUCGAAACAGACGGCAGUCGGGUUUCUAGCCUUACAAAGCAUGUAACUAUUGCAGACAGCCCGCGUAUGCUCUCGUCUCGUAAGGCUCACGUGUAACAACAUGAUAGCUUGUAAAUCUUGUCUAUAUUCUGUUUUAGUAGAACACCAGCUGUGUCCGUAAUUAGCACGGCAUUUGUAAAGAGGCGUGAAUAAACCUAUUAAUGACGAUGCAAACAUUGACCCCCUAUUGAAUAGUCCUGUGUCUUUCUAGGCCUUUCAAUUGUACUUUCUUUCUUGCUGGUAUUUAGGCAGCUGGUACGGCCUAACCUCAAGCUGCGGAUGGAGACUGCUACAUUGACAACCAAAACCGAAACGCUGAUCAUAUAGGCAUUAAAUGUUACCGGCUGGAACUAUCGGCAUAUAUUAUACCAUAUACAUACAUCCGUAGAUAGUAUAAAUUAAUCUAUUUAUUAAAAAUGCUAACGGAUACUGCUGAACGAAGCUACUGUUAUUAUUUUUGGAAUGAAUGGCUGGGUGAUGCCAAUUUCAACAGCGAUCUUAUAAAAAACUGAUUGAUUCGUCUGAGGGUAAAGGCGAAUGAGAGGGAUCUGAAAGAGGUCGGCAAAAAUCUAUCUCUGACGCCGGCCGUCUCAUGUUUUCUCAGUCAGCAGUGCCAGACUUCUCUGCUAAGAUAUUAGGCAGAUAUAAACUUGUAUGAUUUUUCGUUUUUAUCAUUAGACGGCUGAUUGCUCAGUACUGAGAUAAUUAGCACAAAUAAAACAUAGUUGUAUGCGUGCUCACGUUCAACAAUGGAUCUGUGUCUUCGUCCCGUGCCGACAGAUAUCGGUACGACAAAACUGUAUCAUUGAAUAGAACAGAAAAUAUGAGUGAGACAUGUCAACAACUAUUAGUUAAUAAUUCACUAUGAGAAUUGCUAGAACGCGGCUGGAAGAGACGACUGUAUAUCUGCUGCAAUAGGACCCAGUGGCAGCAGAAACCUGCUUUGCAAUUAUCGUCGCCGUAUAGAAGGCGUCGUGAUUGUGGAGCUCGUACUAUAGAUCCCGGCUAUCGCCAACAGCCGUUGGCACUCUGUACUAAAUAAGAAGAAUCUGUAAAUUAUUUCGCAUAUAUAUGUCAAUGUUAAAAAUAUAGCCAUAAAUACGUAUAAAAAAAUAGCCACAGAACGACAAAGAUCGGAAAAAGGAACGACAACGGAAGCCAAAACCAAGUCUAACUAUCUAGCUACUUAUCGAAACGUAGAUAGCAAAAGAUGACCAUACAUCUGUAGGAGAAAAUUUCAUAUGUUCUUUCAGAGAUUGAAUGUGAAACUAUUCAAAAACCCAUGCCCUUCUACAUGUGUAUAUAGGACGCGAAUAUGUAUUGCAGAAUCUCAUCUAAAAUUGUUUGAUUGGAGAAGUAAGAAAGGGAAGGAAAGGAAACAUGGCUCGUGGUAGUAUGAUUAUGUACUAUAUUACUAGUAAUUAUAGUCCUGUACAUACGGCAUUCAUCGUCGACCAGCCAUCGUCCAACUGUCUACGAUAUACUACUUCAGUUCAGAUAUUAGUUAAAUAACAUGUUGUAAUACAUGUUUGCUACCUCCACCAAACUAGUUGAAACUGUUACAAGAGGAAACAGUCAUUACACAAUCAACCACUCAAUUCGCUAUAACUCGAAAGAAAAUCAUUUUGGCACAUUUUUAAGCAAAUCAUGACAUCUUUGACUAUUGUUCUUUUCAAUCCGUGUGUAUUAUAUGUCCGAGCUCGCUCAACAUGGAAGACUGACAUCUUCACGAUGGGCCUGCUGGCCAGCGCUAAGUGAGGCAAGCGUUUAUACACGUUAGGUAAACGACAUGCCGCUGCAGAGAUAAUAUAGUAGCAACGGAAAGCUCUCCUACUGCUGUUGCAAGGUGCUAGCAUGAAAUCUUGCUGGUCACAUUGAACAGUUCGUUUUCCUCUGAAUCGGCCCCAAGCGGGUUCUUGGCAGUGAUCGUGUUUUCAAUCAAAGUAUGUAUCAUUAUGAUCCUCUGUCGUUGAAAUGGUGAAAUCUUCAUUUUUUUUGCCGCUAUACAAGUUUGAUGUACGGGAAUCUGUUUAGAAAUUUGGCUGAAAUUUCCCUAUUUGGAAGCUGUUGAAAUUCUGCAAAAGAAAACAUUGUAAUCUGUGGGAAUAACGCCUGGCGAGUAUGCGGAUGACGAAGAGCCUCAAUCAAUACGUUCUGCCAUCGUGCUUCUUGCGAUCCGAGCUCAAGUGCCAUUGUGCAAUAGCAGCGGCUUGCUUCUAUUUGUUAGUACUGGCUGCUUAAUGUAGAAGUUUUUUUCAUUAACUCCAGUUGUUUAUGA